AUGUAUGUCAACAGAACAUAAGGUUUAGAGUUAUGAAGAAGACACAUUUGCCUUUUUCCUACCCCAGCCAAAACAUAACAAAACAUAACUUUUCAAAGCAAUUGGGUAUCUUAUCUUUCCAUAUGGUUGAUUCCAGUAAAAAGGCCUAGGUCACCCAUAUAGCUACACGUAGGUUCUACACAUGUGGAUGUAUUUAUAAAAGUGCUAUACAUAAUGCACAUUGACCUUGAUCUGACCUCUCCUGAUAAAAAUUGAUAAUAUAAACAAUACCAAUAAAAAUAAACAAUACAUCUUAUCAAUAAUAGGGUGAAUUAUUGUAUAAAAGAUAACAAUUCGGAUCAUAGUCUGCUUGCUUACAGUAUCAGUAGACAGAGCCACUAAUAAUCAACAAUUACAGACACAGGGGCAGAUGUGUCUCAAAAGUGACCGUGAAUUUGUACUGAAAAGUAACGACGCAAAAUUAAGUCAGAUUUUGCAGAUCAUAAGAACAUAAAGAAUUACAGUGAAACAAAAAUGAUUGCUUUAAUUGACAAAUGUACCUACAUACUAGGGACUUUACUGGUUAUUUGUGUUGGAUUGAGCCUGGGAGGUCAAGGAUGCCCAAACCUUCCUCGAGACUGCUACUGCGAUAAAACUUUUGUGAACUGUAGCAGGAUGGGUAUUAGUAAAUUACCAGCAGGAAUACCACGUAAUACUACCACACUUAUCAUCAAUAUGAACAGCUUCAGUGAAAUCCCCAACAAUAUGUUUUCAGCAUUUCCUGAACUACAACAAUUGGAUAUAAGCAGCAAUCAAAUCACCAGUGGAGGUCUUUACCCAGGAUCCUUUGCAGGACUACCAAAAUUAUCAAAUCUGGAUUUGGGCUAUAAUUAUUUAGACCAGGUCCCAAAAGGACUCCCAAAAACAUUGACAUAUCUGUAUUUGCUCCAAACGUUAAAUAGUACAACACUUGCCGAAGAUGCCUUCAAAGGUUUGAAGCAACUUCAACAUCUGGAUAUCUCCUUUAAUAAACUUGAAAGCUUACCUAGAAACCUUUUAAAGGAUCAAAGUAAUUUACAGUUAUUCCGUGCUGACUGGAACCCAAUACCAACACCAGGUCUCCCCGAUGGAAUAUUUCUACAUCUCACAAAACUAGGUGACUUGAGUAUGCGAGGAUGCAAGCUUUCCAAGAUGAUCCCAAUGUUACCAAAGACCCUACAGAACCUAGAUGUCGCGUUCAAUCAACUGACUUAUGUCCCAGUUGAUUGCCUAGCAGGGAUGCAUCAACUUCAGACUCUUGCAUUUUGGAACAAUUCGGUAACAGGAAUCGCUGAUGGUGCAUUUCGUGACCUUGAGAGCCUAACUAUUUUUGAUGCAACAAGCUGUGCUCUAACGACCCUAACAGAUGACACCUUCAAAGGCCUAGUGAACGUAAAGACCCUUUACAUAGAUGAAAACAAGAUCAGUAAUAUAAGUGCUAAUGCAUUCGCUCCACUGAAAAACCUAGAUGCACUUUGGAUGACGAUCAACAGUGUAGCCGAGCUAAACAUGCAGACACUAAAUGGGACGGGGAUAUUACCAAAGUUGUCGACAGCAUAUCUUUGGGCCAAUCCCUGGAAAUGUGACUGCCAUCUCCGUUGGUUACGGGAAAUGGUAGAUGUCACACCUAGAUUUACAAUUGAUGCUCCACAUCUUAUGAUUUGCCAUGAACCACCUGCUAUGAAGGGGAAAACUUGGGACACUCUUAAACCAUCGGAUUUCAAAUGUUAAUCAAGUGCUUUAAUGUGUACAGGGUUCUUACUAGGCUUUUAGACUCCAGAGAUUCUCCGGAGUCUAAUGUCUUAAAACCCUCUUGCUCCAGAGUCUAAUAGCUUUUCCGGAUCGUCUAAAGUGUUUUUUCCAGAGUCUAAUUUUACAUUUUUGUCACAUUAUUUGCGGUAAAAUUCUUGAGAAAAUACAUAAAACUGGAUACAAACAAGGAAUAGGAAGUCAGAAACCUUUUAGAAAUAAAUAUUGGGAUUGAUAUAGCAAGAUAAUCUUAAGAAGUAUGUUGAAAAGUAUACUAAUAAGAUAUCUCUGAUCUCACAACCAGGAGAAGUAGUCGCAAUACUGUGAAAAAAGUAGUCACAAUAAAAUCCGGGGUCUAAAAAUUUCCUGGUGAGAACCCUGGCGUAUAUUUGUAGUUAUGGAAUAUGGUAUAUAUAUUUAAUUCACUAAAAUAAAAAAUACCUGUGUUUUCUCAUCUAGGGCAGUCUCCUUCUUCCAAGGUGCUACACUGCCAGGUAGGGUGAAACAUAUGUUGUCUCCCUCAACUUGUAGUUCAGCAACAUAUGUGAUCUUAAUAAGAACACUGGCCUGAGCUGGUAGGUUGCCUACACUUACUGUGAAUACAUC